UCUGUGACUAUAGCUCAGAUGUCGUUUGUGUUCUGACAGGUGACACACGGUUCUCGUACUCAGAGCUGCAAUCAUGGGAGAGUGGGACUUCGUUGGCAAACUCUUCGAGACUCUGGCGAGUCACUCGCCUAUGCUCGGUCGUAUCUGGCUCUUUCUCAUGCUGGUGUUUCGCAUCGUGAUCCUCGGAACCGUUGCCAGUGACAUGUUUGAGGACGAGCAAGAGGAAUUCACCUGCAACACCCUCCAGCCGGGCUGCAAACAGGUGUGCUACGACAUGGCCUUCCCCAUCUCCCAGUACCGGUUCUGGGUGUUCCACAUCGUUCUCAUCGCCACUCCGUCCUUGGUUUUCCUCCUGUACGCCAUACACCAUCACAACAAGAGAGUCAACCACCUCAAAAGAUGCAAAUACAACAAUGAGAACCUAAGAGAGGAGCGCCGAUUCAGAGUUUUCUACAUCAUCAACCUGCUUUUUCGUAUCGGAGCAGAAGUGGGCUUCAUUGUAGCUCAGUGGAAGCUGUACGGCUUUGAGGUGACGCCCCACUUUGAAUGUCAACGCUUCCCCUGCCCAAAGAUUGUGGACUGCUACACCUCACGUCCCACAGAGAAAACCGUCUUCCUCCACUUCUACUUCUCCGUGGGGGUGGUAUCGGCGUGCAUCAGCUUCUUGGAGUUCUGCUACUGCUACAUCAAGUGGUUCUGCUGCCCUCCGAGGAGAUCCUGAAUCUGAUGUAACUGAGGGACAAUUCAAAACCAAACAUGACCAAAAAUCCAUAGUCC